GUGCGGCUUCUUCUUCAGUCUGCUUGCUUCGUUCUUCUGCAUCUCAGUUGAAAGCUUCAGGCUUUUGAGCUGAGAUCAUCAGAAACUUCUCGGAAUCAUGGCAGCCUCUACUACAACCUCCGCGCCGCCGCGCCAGCUAUCCCCGAAGGAGGCUGAUAUCCAGAUGAUGUUAGCCGCGGAGGUUCACCUUGGGACCAAAAACUGUAACUUCCAAAUGGAACGAUACGUCUUCAAGCGUCGCAACGAUGGUAUUUACAUAAUCAACCUUGGGAAGACUUGGGAGAAGCUUCAGCUUGCUGCCAGGGUUAUUGUUGCCAUAGAGAACCCUCAGGACAUUAUAGUUCAGUCUGCCAGGCCUUAUGGUCAGAGAGCAGUUCUGAAGUUUGCUCAAUACACAGGUGCUCAUGCGCUUGCUGGAAGGCACACUCCUGGGACAUUCACUAACCAGCUUCAAACAUCCUAUAGUGAGCCUCGCCUUCUCAUUCUGACUGAUCCAAGAACUGAUCAUCAGCCCAUUAAGGAAGCUGCACUUGGAAAUAUACCAACUAUUGCCUUUUGUGACACUGAUUCUCCCAUGAGAUAUGUUGACAUUGGUAUUCCUGCCAACAAUAAGGGAAAGCACAGCAUAGGUUGUCUCUUUUGGCUAUUGGCAAGGAUGGUUCUGCAGAUGCGGGGCACUAUUCGUCCAGGGCUUAAGUGGGACGUGAUGGUGGAUUUAUUCUUCUACAGAGAACCUGAGGAGACCAAGCAACAGGAGGAAGAUGAAGCACCUGUUGCUCCAGACUUUGCUAUUACGGACUUCCAUGCUGCUGGCAUUGCUACUGAUGACCAGUGGCCUGCUGCUAUUGAUCAGACCUGGACGACUGAGCCAGUUCCACAGCCUAUUGCUGCGGCUCCUGGUGUCAAUUGGGCUGCAGAUGCUGCUGGAGAAUGGGGUGAAUCUGUGCCAGCUCCCCAACCUCCUCUCCAACAAAUUCCUACUCCCGGAAUUGAGAAUGUGCCUGCCACCGGGUGGGAUUAAUUUUGAUGAGUUUUUGAUACUUGUAGUGAUUUUGUUGGUUAGGACCGAGGCAAGUCUUGUUUCUGUUGUAGUUCCGAUAUUUAUGUUGAGUAUAUCUUGUUCUUGAAGUGGUAUAUCCGCAAGAAUUCGUCUUUUUAUAGCCUUUUUUUUAUUUGUUUGAUAUGGGUUUAUCAUUGCGGUCUAAAAGAUUGCAUCAUCGAUCAUCUUGAAUUACUAUAGUCGUGACUGUUGAAAGUGGUUAAGAGUAGAAUUUGAUUUUGUUGCUCAAA